CUUUCGCGUGGCCUCUUUUGGGCUUCCCUUCCGCCGUCGCGCGAGUGCUACGGACCACAACCCGCUGCCCAUCGCCACGUCAGCUCUCGCCAUUUCCCACCGCGCUCACCUCUCUCUCUCUCCCCCACACGCUCUCGAUCAGUCCGCUUCCCCUUUCGUCAUCUUGUCUGCAUCUUCGGUUUUACGCCCUCUCUCUGCUUCUUUUGUAACGGCAGUCAACGGAGGCGAGAAGCGGGCGAAAGGAGGUCGAUCGGGGGAGGAUGGGGAGGAACGGGAGCGUGAGGCGGAGCUACUCGGUGUCGCCGAACGACUACAAACUGCUGGAGGAGGUCGGAUACGGGGCCAGCGCAACUGUCUACCGGGCGAAUCACCUUCCCACCAACGAGUUCGUCGCCGUCAAGCGCCUGGAUCUCGAUCGCUGCAACAGUAACCUCGAUGACAUACGAAGGGAAGCCCAAAUAAUGAGCUUAAUCGAUCAUCCAAAUGUUAUAAGAGCAUAUUGUUCGUUUGUUGUUGAGCGAUACCUUUGGGUUGUUAUGCCAUUUAUGGCUGGAGGCUCGUGCUUGCACCUGAUGAAGAUUAGAUAUCCAGAUGGAUUCGAAGAGCCUAUCAUAUGCUCAAUUCUCAAGGAAACACUAAGGGCUUUAGAGUACCUUCAUCAACAUGGGCAUAUACAUCGUGAUGUCAAGGCUGGGAAUAUCCUUCUUGAUAGUUCUGGCGUGGUGAAGCUUGGAGACUUUGGUGUUUCAGCCUGUUUGUUUGAUAAAGGUGACAGACAACGUUCAAGAAAUACUUUUGUAGGAACACCAUGCUGGAUGGCUCCGGAAGUGUUACAGCCGGGAAGUGGGUAUGAUUUCAAAGCUGACAUUUGGUCCUUUGGAAUAACUGCACUAGAAUUGGCUCAUGGCCAUGCUCCAUUUUCAAAAUACCCUCCAAUGAAGGUUCUCUUGAUGACUCUUCAAAAUGCACCUCCAGGACUUGAUUAUGAUCGUGAUAAAAAGUUCUCAAAGUCCUUUAAAGAGAUGAUAGCGAUGUGCUUGGUGAAAGAUCAAACAAAGAGACCAACUGCAGAAAAAUUAUUAAAGCACUCUUUUUUCAAGCAUGCAAAGCCUCCUGAGAUAUCAUUGAAGAGCAUUUUAAUUGACUUGCCUCCACUUUGGGAUCGUGUGAAGGCACUCCAGUUAGAUGAUGCUGCACAGUUAGCUCUUAAGAAAAUGCCGUCCUCUGAACAGGAAGCAUUAUCACAGAGUGAAUAUCAGCGAGGUGUCAGUGCAUGGAACUUCGACAUUGAGGAUCUCAAGGCUCAAGCAUCACUGAUUCUAGACGAUGAUGACCUUUAUGAAAUGAAGGGAGAAGAAGAAAGUAUAAAAAAUUUUGUUGCCAGCAAGGAUCCCUUAAUAUUGAGAUCCAGUUGUGAAAAGUCGGUAAUUAAUGAUAAAAGCAGCACAAGAGGAAGUACUCAUAGAGCAGAAUUCUCUGAGACAAAAUGCUCAAAUACAAGAGAUGAGAUAUUGCAAACAGAUUCUUCUGAUGCUAGUAAUCAGGAAAGGUUAGAUCGAUAUGAUAACUGCAGAGUGAAAGGUGAUUCUGCACCAUCAACAUCAAAUCCAGAUACACUUCCCAAUCAUAAGAAAAUUGAAAUUGGAAAGAAACGUCAAACUUAUAGUGGUCCACUUGUAUCUUCACGCAUGCCUGCCACCUCAGUGUCAGAAAGAGGACAUUCCUUGGAAAGGUUUGAAAAUGACAAUCAGCAAGGAGCUGAGAGAUACAUACGUGAUACAUGCAAAGUGGCAAAUCUCAGUGGUCCAUUAAUGCUUCCAAACCGUGCUUCGGCUAACAGCUUAUCUGCUCCCAUACGUUCAUCAACAGGAUGUGGAGACUUAUUGGAGGACAAGACCAAGCCUAAUGUGGUUCAAAUAAAAGGACGAUUUUCAGUUACAUCAGAAAAUGUGGAUCUUGUGAAGGACUUGCCACUAUGUAACAUUUCAAGGUCAACCCAGGAAUCCCCCUUAAGAAAAUCUGCCAGCAUGGACGAUUGGUUAACUAAUCAAAAGCCAGUGUCACUGGGCCAACCUCCAAAUGAAGACCGCAACAACAAUCUGAAGGAAGUUAGCAGCAGGGCAGUACCUGCAUGCAUUCUCAAGCCCCACCUUGAAAAUAUUUUUCAGCAAGCAUCUUUUCAACAGGAUCUCAUUAUGAAUCUGUUAAAUAGCUUGCAGCAAAGCGAGAUAAUUGAUUUUCCUUCCCAAGCUCAAAAUGUGAAGAAUGAGAAAUUGCUGGACGGUGUGAACAGCGAAAGGGAGCGCAUACUACUGAGUAAAAUCUCAGAGCUACAAGCCAGGAUGAUUACCCUAACUGAUGAGCUUACUGUAGCAAAGCUGCUACAUAUUCAGUUACAACAAGAGUUAAAUGCAUUGUAUAACCAUGAAGAGAACAAGAGGAAUGAAGAGAUAGAAGAAUGUUGAUCAAGUUCCUACAUCCUGGAGGUUUUGGAUCUUUUAUCAUGCCAGAAAUAUAGAUAUUCCUGGCUGAGAUCUCUUCCACGUACUUUCUUGUUACCUAUCUUAAGAAGAUCUAAUAGAAAGGAACUAACGAAGAUCAAUUUCUUGGCUCUCACAGUGGGGCAUAUGGCUUGGUCUGUUGGAGAUCAUAUUGUCCGACGCUACAAAAUGUUCAGGAUCAUGAUGUACAAUGUAAGCUGUUAGGUUUUCUGUGGUUCCAAUUUUGGGAAAAUUCCAUUUGUUUAAAUUUGGUAGAAAGCACUGUGUUGCUGUAACGCGUUGCAUCAAGUUGUAUUUGUACAGUGCUGCAAAGUCUGUCCUUUCUCUCUUUUCCGGUGGUGUCAAGUUGUAUUUGUACAGUGCUACGAGUCUCUGGUUUCUCUCUUUUUCAGGUGCUUUGUUGCCUUGGAUUUGAAGUUAAGAAGUUUGAAGAUCAAGCGGUUGAAGCUGCUUUUGCAAGUCCUAUUUAUUGUAUUCAAACUUCAUGGUAUUAUAAUAAUCAUAUUCAUAUUCA